CACACAAGACUCUCCGUAACGAGCGCCGCGCGCACAGUUCUGUUCUCCACAACGAUAACGAUUACUAUUCCUCUUCUUCAUCAUAAUCAUCAACAUCAACAUCAUCAUCAUCAUCAUCAUCAGCAGCAACAACAUUUUACGUUACUUUCCAUCAGCUGCAGUUUUCACGUACGCUGCUGCUGCUGCUGUUGCUGUUGCUGUCCGGGCCGUGCAACCGUAUUCCGUAUUCGCCAAGUGUGUGCGAGUUUCCGAGUGUGUGUGUUUGUGUGUGUGUGUGUGUGUGCGGAACACCCUGUGCGUGCGUAAUUGGCGCCCAUUUGUUUGUCGCGUCUACCACAUCCGUAGCACAUCCGCAUCCAAGACCCGUACCACUCAAUACCCGUACAACAAUCACAGUUCGCACGGCGCUUUCACAGUUUGGAUGCUGCAACGUGAUCGAACGUGCCACACGGUAGCAGUUAAGCACUAACCGCUGGCCAAAAGUCGAUAGCUCGCUAAUUUGAAUGCCAAUCGAGAGACACGGACAAGUCGUACAGCCGUACCGUCAGUGCGACAGUUAGUUUUUUCCGUGACUCCCUGCUCCUUAACUCGUGUGUGUAUCUCUCUCUGUGUGUGGAUGUGUGUGUGUGUCAAGGAUAAUUGAAGACUGGCAAACUGACACGUACGCGUGCUCUCCAAUUGCCCAGACAGAACAACAACAACAACAACAGCAACAACAAAAGGAUGCGUCGUUGACCUACCGGGCAAACUGGCAACCGUUUGAGCUUUAAAGUGUGCCAAAACAAAUCAAAAAAUAAAAAAAAACCCCACUCGAAAAAAAGUGCAAUAUUUAAAAAAUAAUAUUAAAAUGUGCCAGUGCUAGUUGAGUGCUCCUCCAACGAUAAUUAAGCAAGACCCUAGAGUACCCUACUCAGCUGCUUGAGAUGUUGCCGUACCAGGCGGUGGCCAUGGACUACGCCGGCUAUCAGCGCCAGCCGACGCCCGGACAUCCCGGCAGUCAUAUGGUCGGCUCGCUGGGCAUGUCAGCGGUGCCGUUCAGCCAUUCGUGGAUGGUGCCCACACAGGAUCUGUGCGGCAUGCCGCCCUACAACAAAAUGCCCAAUCAACACCAGCCGGGUGUGCCGGGCAUGCACGGCCAACAGCAACCCAUCGAACCGGGCAUUCUCGAGCUGCGCAAAGAGAAGUCGCGGGAUGCGGCAAGAUCGCGACGUGGCAAGGAGAACUAUGAGUUCUAUGAGCUGGCCAAAAUGUUGCCGCUGCCGGCGGCCAUCACCAGCCAGCUGGAUAAGGCUUCCAUUAUAAGACUGACCAUAAGCUAUUUGAAAUUGAGAGACUUUUCCGGUCACGGUGAUCCGCCAUGGACACGCGAGGCAUCCAGCAGCAGUAAGCUCAAAAGUGCAGCCAUUCGACGCAGUCCCGCCGUUGAUUUGUUCGAGCAACAUCAGGGCACCCACAUAUUGCAGUCGCUGGAUGGCUUCGCUUUGGCUGUGGCAGCGGAUGGUCGCUUCCUCUAUAUAUCGGAAACGGUGUCCAUCUACUUGGGCCUGUCGCAGGUGGAGAUGACGGGCAGCAGCAUAUUCGACUACAUACACCAGGCGGACCAUUCCGAAAUUGCCGAGCAGCUGGGACUGAGCCUCACCAGCGGCUCUGGUGGCGGCGGUGGCGUUGGCGGCGGCGGCAGCGGUGGCAGUGGCAGCGGUGCUGCCGGCUUGGCUUCACCCACAUCGGGCGCAUCCGAUGAUGGCAGUGGCACACACGUUGCCGCCUCGAUGACGCAGGCCUCAACCAGUGGCUACAAGGGCUACGAUCGCAGUUUUUGUAUACGGAUGAAGUCGACGCUGACCAAACGUGGCUGCCACUUCAAGUCGUCCGGCUACCGGGUGGUGCUGCUGCUCUGCAAGCUUCGGCCUCAGUACACCUUCUCGCACACACGCAAAUCGCAGCCGCCCCUACUGGGCAUGGUUGCCCUGGCCAUAGCCCUACCACCUCCGUCGGUGCACGAGAUACGCCUGGAAUGCGAUAUGUUUGUCACCCGGGUUAAUUUCGAUUUGCGUAUCGCGCACUGUGAACCCAGAGUCUCUGAUUUGUUGGACUACACGCCCGAGGAUCUGGUCAACAAGAGCCUGUAUUCACUGUGCCAUGCUGAGGAUGCCAAUCGCCUGCGCAAAAGUCACUCAGAUCUGAUCGAGAAGGGUCAGGUGUUGACCGGCUACUAUCGACUGAUGAACAAGAGUGGAGGCUACACUUGGCUGCAAACCUGCGCCACAGUCGUCUGCAGCACCAAAAAUGCCGAUGAGCAGAACAUCAUUUGUGUCAACUAUGUUAUAAGCAAUCGUGAGAAUGAGAAUCUCAUAUUGGACUGCUGCCAGCUGGAGCCCAGUGUGGACAGCAUCAAGCACGAGGAGGGUUUGGGCAAUGACAAGAGCAGCGGUUCGCCUGGCAGCGAUGCGACCGGACCGGAGGGCAGUGCCCAUCUCAACAGCGACAUGAAACUGGGUCUGAGUUCGCCCAAAACGGAUGGGGACACACAUUCGCAGCGGGGCAGGGGACGCAAUGCGUCUGCCACACACGGCAGCAGCAGCUUGAGCAGCCUGGCGCUGAUCAAGGACAGUCCGACGCCGCUGGGCGUGGAAGUGGACGGAGUCCUGCCACUGCCAGUGGCAACAACGCCAGCACUGUCAUCGACGCCGGCGCCCUCCAUCAAUGGCACAACUGUAGCAGCUGGCUCGGGAACCACAACGGCAACCACAACGAAGCGGAAGCGAAAGAGCAAAGCAGCACUGCAGGCCGAGGAGCAGGCCGAGCAGCAGCAGCGGGAGCAGCGGGAACGGGACAGGGAAGCGGAGCAACAACAACAGCCGCUAAGCAAAUUGCCGGCACUCGAAAGGGAGUCGGGGAAUCCGCAGCAGCAGCAGCAGCCGCGUAGUCGUCUGCCAUCAAUUGUGGAAUCCGAUCAGCAACCCAAUUCGGUGGCAGAUUCCGCUGUCAAGGAUCUGGAGCAUGCGAUGUCCAAGCAUCUGCCCUCGCCCACAAACAACAACAACAACAACCAGCCCAGCACAGAUUUCAGCACAGAUGCGCUAAUGAAACAACAGCAGCAGCAGCAGCAGCAACUGCAUCAUGAUCCCAACGAGAAGAGCAGCACCAUCCAGUGGAUUGGAGCACCCUAUCAGCAGCCAGCACCGAUGCCAGCCACAGCGUUGCUCCGUCAGCUCUACGCGAACCGGGAGAGUGUGAUCCGGGCGACGGCACGACAGACACCCACCGGCGUCGCCUUCUACUCGGAGCAGCAGGGUGGUCCGCUGCCGACGCCACCCGGCAGCGAAUCCUCCUACGAGAAUCAAUAUCUGCAGCUGCAUUCGGCGGCAGCUGCCGCCUCCGUUUCGCAUCCGGGCAGCCAGAAGGCGGGCAACUCGGAUGCGUUCACGAAUCUGGUGUCCACGUAUGGUGGCUAUCACAGCUCCAUUGACUAUCACAACGCGAUGACGCCGCCCAGUUCGGUGUCGCCACGCGACAGCAACAACUCAGCCAAGGUGCCCAGCUCGGCAACAGCUCCGCCCGGCCUGCUGGUCAGCAGCAAUGGCGGUGGCUAUGAAUAUGCUGAUCCGCUGCGCGGACAAUAUGCGACGCCAGUCGAUGGUGGCACGGCGUCAGCGUUGCCACUGAAACCGCAAGCGUAUACGGCUGCAAUGCAUCCGCAUGCGACGACAACGACAACCACCGAGGGUGGCGUCACCUACAGCAAUCUGGAGCAGCCGCAGUAUUUUGCACCCCAUUCGAGUUUCCACUUGUAUCACAAGGGCAGCCCGGCGAGUGCCUGGUACUCGACACCCUCCUAGGUUCGGCAGGAGCAGGCAGAUGCUCCUGCUGCCACUGCAACUCCUGCGCCUGCCACGCCUGCACCACUCCUGCUGCCCGAUUGCCAGCACAGCAGUGGAGCGAGGGAGCAGAGGGAGCAGCAGCAGCGGGAACGAUGGGAUUUUGUGGGCGCCUUGGGCAAAGUGGCACGCAUGUUUUUCAAUGCACACAAGGGCAACCACUGAGUGAAGAGAGCACCACUCAACCACCAAGUAAACAGCAGAGAUUCGCAGGAGAGCAUUUAAAGAGAAGCAGCUCUUUAAGUCAGGGUGUCAAAUGGGAAGUGAAGUUCACAAAAAGGAACCAAAAUUCAAAGAAUAGAAGAAUCAGUUAUUUAAACUAAUUUAUUAAUAUAAAUAUUGAUUCAUUGAAAACCAUAUUGGAGGAGAAUACAGAAAAGAAUUCGGAAACAAUUCAUAAUUAACCGGAACCAAGAAACAUUUCAAUUUGAUGCCCUGCUAGAAGCACAUGCAAAGAAAAGUAAGCUACUCUUUCGCUGCUACAAAUGCAUAGAACAAAAAGUAAGCUGCUUACUUUCUUCACUUCAGUUGUUGCUGUUAAUGUAUAUAGAAAAUUAUAGAAAGUUGAAAACAAA